GGCCUAGUGGAAGGGGCUUUGUGCCAACAAGACUUCCUCAUGCGAAACAUCUUGAGUUUGAGUCAUCCUUCCCCCACAAGCAACAUGUUGAUGCUCCACAUAAUUUCAUCAUUAAUGAAGUCUUAGCCCGAGAGUAGUUAGACGCUACUAUAUAAACAUCAAGGUAAAGAAGCCACAAGAACCUACAAAACCGAAGAGUAGCGCCUGAACUCCUACAUUCAUCAGUCACAACCAAACAGAGUGUUGCAUCUCCUCGAAUCAAUUAAAGCCUUGAUCACCCGUGAGCAGUCUUCCUCUAAUUCUACACUGAACAAGCUUAGUUCCUUAGCAAACAAAAGCACACGACGUGCUGCCAACCUCUGCCAACUCCACGGACUGAACCAGAGGUAAAUUCUGGCUUAAUGCAGCGAUAAUUUGACCCAUGUAAUCACGAAACACCACUCCAAUACCAGCACAACCCGAAGAUGUUCAACUUUCUAAACUUUUGUACCUACAUAUGCACUCAUUGACAGUCUCCACUCUCUGCCUCACACAGCACUCAAUUGGUGCGUCUCUUUCGCCAGGACGACUCAGAUUCCCCCGCAAACUAAAACGUUUUCAAACUGCUUCACUUCCAUGUCAUCUUCAUCUUCAUCUUCUUUGUCUCUCAAAUUAUUCAGAGCCUCUACUAUGUAUUUCUUUCUUCUCCAAGGACCAACGACAAUCCACCUCUAUUAAUCAAUGGAAAUGGCUUCUCUUCCCUGUUUCCAUUCCAUUUCUUGCUGAAUUACUCGAAGUUUUCAAAUUUCCCAUCUGGGUUUUUGUGCUUGGAUUGUAUUUGUUUGGACUUUACUCAAUUGGGUUACACAUGGCUUCUUGAAAUAUAGCUUCUUUUCUUGUAGCCAUGUUGCUCUGCUUGACUGCUUCCAUUCCAUAAUGCUGAAUCUUAUCUGGGUCUAAUUCUAUUUUGGACUCUUAGAUUGUAGUUUCUCACUAAACUUUCAGGAUUAGCAGAGUUCUUAUCAGGGUCUUCUUGGUUCUUUUUGUUUGUAAGAGUGUGAAUUCUUGGUGCCUUCAAUGGUGGCUUCUGAUUUAGCCUCUCCUCUCCGUACGUGGCUUGUGGCUGCCUGCAUGUCUGUUUCCUUUGAGAAAGACCACACUCAAAGGAGACUGAGUCAAUGGACAAAGAGAAGGAAGUUUGUGUCAAAAAGCAUUAAUCGUGGUGUUGCUUAUUUUGUGAGUAAUAAGCUUACAGACGGUUCUGGAAUUCAAACCCUGAUAAGUUCCUGUCUCACUUUCGAGCCUUGCAAUGAGUUUAACAAUUCGAAAGGGCAGUUCACAUUAUUAGCAUCUCCGACUGCCUGGACUAGAAAGCAAAAGAGCAUGAAUCGUCCUGCUGCACACUCUGGCAAUACUGUGGUUGUGAGACCAGCAGAUGGGGUCACAACAAAGAAGAAACAGCUUACAAAGCAGCGACGUGUUGUCGUGACAGGGAUGGGUGUGGUAACCCCAAUUGGUGACGAUACAGAUGUCUUCUACAAUAAUCUCCUUGAAGGUGUUAGUGGCAUAAGUGAGAUAGAGGCUUUUGACUGUGCUCAGUUUCCAACGAAAAUUGCUGGUGAAAUCAAGUCUUUCUCAACAGAUGGAUGGGUCUCACCCAAGCUUUCCAAGAGGGCAGACAAAUUCACACUUUACUUGCUUACUGCUGGCAAGAAAGCAUUGGCAGAUGCUGGGAUUACAGAAGAGGUCAUUGGAAAGUUAGACAAACGUAGAUGUGGUGUUAUAAUUGGCUCUGCACUAGGAGGAAUGGCAAUUUUUCAGGAUGCUAUAGAAGCAAUUAGGGUUUCAUACAAGAAAAUGAAUCCGUUCUGUAUACCUUUUACAACAACCAAUAGUGGUUCUGCUUUACUAGCAAUGGAUUUGGGAUGGAUGGGCCCAAACUACUCAAUUUCUUCAGCUUGUGCAACAAGUAACUUUUGUAUACUGAACGCAGCACACCAUAUUAUCACCGGUGAAAGUGACGUUAUGCUUUGUGGUGGAUCUGAUGCAGCAGUUCUUCCAAUAGGCUUGGGAGGUUUCAUGGCAUGCGGAUCUCUUUCUCAAAGGAAUGGUGAACCUACCAAAGCUUCACGCCCCUGGGAUAUUAGUAGGGAUGGGUUUGUUAUUGGAGAUGGAGCUGGGGUAUUGCUCUUAGAAGACCUAGAACAUGCUAAGAGAAGAGGUGCAAAAAUAUAUGCAGAGUUUCUAGGUGGAAGCUACACUUGUGAUGCCUAUCACUUGACUGAGCAUCAUCCUGAUGGUAGAGGCCUUGCUCUUUGUAUAGAGAAGGCCUUAGCCCAAUCUGGGGUAGCUAAAGAAGAUGUAAAUUAUGUAAAUGCAUAUGGUAGUUCAACACCAAGAGGUGAUCUGAAAGAAUACCGGACCCUUAUCCGUUGUUUUGGCAAGAAUCCAGAGCUAAGAGUGAACUCCACAAAAUCCAUGACUGGUCACCUACUAGGUGCCUCAGGUGCUGUGGAAGCUGUUGCAACAGUUAAGGCAAUACAAACAGGAUGGGUGCAUCCAAACAUCAAUCUUGAAAAUCCUGAUGAAGGCAUGGACAUGAAUGUGCUUGUCGGCAUCAAGAAGGAACCUUUGGACAUAAAGGUAGCACUAUCUAACUCAUUUGGCUUUGGGGGACACAAUUCAUCCAUCUUGUUUGCACCUUACAAGUGCAUCUGAUGUGUCAACUCAACCUGAAACUAUUAGAGGGUUGAACAAAAUUAGAUUUAUUGCAGCUUGUAUUGAUAUUUUUCGAUUUGGUAGUAAAUCCAUUCUAUGAUUGUACAUAUUCUAAUCAAAUCUAGUGGACUAAAAUUGGAUGACCAUCUAAUUGAUUACUAGUUAUUGAUUAAUGAUAAUGUUUCUAUUA